CUAAAGUCUUUACAAGUCCCUAGUGCAGAGUAUGCUGGUGGGUAAAACUACUCCGGUGAUGAAAGAUGUCACAACCAUGUUGUUCAAGAAUGAUAAGUUUCUCAAGGAGGAUGAUGGUGCCAAUCAAAAUAAUGCUUUGGUGAUGGAGCAUUCUCAGGGAAGAUCCUAUGGACAUGGAGGUGGAGGAAAUCGAGAAAGGUUGAAAUCUAGACCUAAGAGGGAUUAUGGUGAAGUGCAAUGUUUCUAUUAUGAAACCAAGGGCAAGGGAAAGGCUAAUAUUGUUGAAGAAAAUGUUGUUGAAGUAUUAGCUUAUAAGGAGUGUGUGACCAUGAGGUGGAGCAAAACAAUCAAAGCUACCGACGAGAAAGUGAAUAUUGAAGGCAUAGGAGAUGUUUAUCUCAAUGUUCAUAAUAGGAGAGCCAACAUUCUCAAGAAUGUGAGAUAUGUGCCCAAGUGUUCAAGUAAUAUUAUUGCUUUGAGUGAAUUGACAACACGAGGGUACAAGUAUGUUGGAAUGCAAGAAUGGUGCAAGGUCAACAAAGGUGGAAGAUUUGUUUUGCAAGGAAUUAAGAACAAGCACAAUAUCUAUGUGCUUGAACAACAUCCCGAGAGAGGGCUUAACAAGACCAUGAGGAAGAUGGUGUUGAAGCCUAAAGGGAUCUUGGUAGAUGGUAAGGAAAUUAAUAAGACCAAGAUGAAGGUGAGUUUCAACAAUGAAGUGGUGUUUGAUGAUGGUUCGAGGAGGUGUGAUUUGCCCUCGAAUCAUAUUUUGGUUCAAAAUUAAUUUCUACAGUAUGCCUAGUAUAGGGUUGUCUUGUCCUAUAUUAGGAGAAAACCUUCAAAAAUAGGACAUCAUGAUUAAGUGUUCUUGAGCAGGGUGUGAUAAAUUAUGGUAAUGUUG